AACGAAACAGCAGAACUUCCGAUUUGUGGAUAGAGUAGCUGCCAUGGAAGAGCCGUUUCUGGAAAUGUUGAAGAACUGUCAGAAGCAGAUUACCGAUGUGGAAAAGACGCACGAUGCCCUUAUCACUUGCUGCGUCGUGUACACGUUCGCCAAGGAAAUCGCGGAUAUUAAGAGCAUGCAGAUGAACGAUUACGGGAUGGGAAAGUUGCAGCGUGUGAGAUUGGUUACUGGGGAGAAGGUUCUGCCAUUGCCUGUAUGGAUGGAGAGCGGUGUGACCCUUGAAGCAUAUUUUGGGCGGAAAUCUGCCACAAUUCAGAAACAUUCCUCGGGCGACAAUGACAAGCAGGGCUUCGAAGUUUCAUGGCACGCCAAUAUCCAGUUGGAGCGUGUUCCGUCUGGAUGCACGGUGGAGGCUGUGAAAGUGGCUUUUAUUAAUCCAGAUUCCAAAGGCAGUCCAAUCGUCAAAAUCGGAGCAUCGGGUAAUAAUGCCAGCAGUGCUUCCUUUAUCAACUAUAAGCUGAAGAACAUCAAAGGUCAGACAUAUUCCGAAUGCUGCCGUGAACUGGGUAUCUUUCGAGAAGCGUAUUGCUACGUAACUCUCCGCGUGCCCUUGCGACUUUUGAUUCGUAAACAACUGCAGCCGUUGCGGUCUGAUUUGGCGCCACAUGCGCUUCCGACUGGAGAAGGCAACUAUGACGGUAAUGACAAAGUAAUCCUGAAGUGUGGACAGUCCAGUGUCAAGGUGUACCGGCAUCUCUUGGUCAACAUCUCUAAAGAAACAGAAGCAAUUUUUGGGAAAAAGAGGUUUGGACAAGUGAGUGUGUACGAGAUGGAUGUAAGUAAGGACGUUGUGAUGGCUGUCCUGGGUCUGGUGGAACCGGCAGAUCGGAAUACCCAUAUCCCGAUUACUAUUCACUGGAUCCGUUUCAAGUUGCGCCUUCGUUCCUUUAUGGGUUGAUGAUGUUGUCCACGGAGUGGAAUGUCCCAAAGGCAAAAUUGUGGGCACAGAUUUUGUUUUUGGAACGUCUGUGUUCACCGAGUGCCGACCUGCAGCAGAUUUCUGCCGUGGAAGCUUUGAAAUGUAUCAAAAAAGGCUACGAGUCAAACAAGGACCAGAUCGGGAUGAAAAUGGCUUUAGUGGGAUUUACGUUCGUUCUGCGAGAUAUGAUUCCUGCGGGGAAUGUACCGCAUUCAAUACGCUGUUCUCUGGACAUGGUCAUUUUCACUGUCUCCCAUGACUCAAAUCUGAAAAACUUCUUCCAGACAGCGGAAUCGUUAGCCGGAAGUAACGCUAUGACAGUUGGCGUCAUUAGUUUGGCCGAAAAAUUUAUACGCAUCAAA